CCGGUUAAAUCCCCGCCACGCAGGACCUUGGCUUGUUUGCAGAGCCUGGUGUUGAAGAGAGGAUCUCCUCUGCUUCUCUCUGGGAAAGGAUCCACUGAUGAAGUGUGGUGCAGGGAGGUGGCCUCCGAUGGGUGCUGCCUGUGUUCAGCUCCUGUUGGCUGCCACCCUGUGGGUGAUGCCUCAGAUGGCUGGCGCCCUGUGGGUGAUGCCUCACAUGGCUGCCACCCUGUGGGUGAUGCCUCACAUGGCUGGCGCCCUGCGGGUGAUGCCUCACGUGGGAGUUCCUGCUGCGCCAGAGCCGCUCAACAUGACCCGGGCUUCAGGCUUCAGGAUGCCCACCGGCAGACGGAAGAGAGCCAUUUCAUCACGAGACAUUAACGCUCUUCUGGAUUACCACAACCGAGUCCGCUCCCAGGUCUUCCCCCCCGCCGCUAAUAUGGAGUUCAUGCUCUGGGACGAGGGACUCGCCGAGUUGGCCGACUCCUGGGCUUCACGAUGCGUUUGGGAUCACGGUCCGACACACGUCAUGAGAUACGUGGGCCAGAACCUGUCCGUCACUACAGGAAGGUACCAGUCCAUCACUGAUCUGGUCCAGUCCUGGUACGAGGAGAGGCAUCACUUCUCCUUCCCCAGCAGAUGCAGUGGAUCGGUGUGCUCCCACUACACCCAGAUGGUGUGGGCGAGCACCAACCGAGUGGGAUGUGCCGUCAGGAAGUGCUCUCACAUGUACGUGUUUGGGAGCACCUGGAGGGAGGCGACGCUGCUGGUCUGCAACUACUCCAUAAAGGGAAACUGGGUGGGCGAGGCUCCCUAUAAGAGCGGGAAGCCUUGUUCCGUCUGUCCGUCCAGCUACGGCGGCUCCUGCUGGAGAAACCAAUGCUCACAUAACAGAAAACCCAAAAGACUCUCAAGAACUUAACACAACACAGGGUUUGAAAUGUGUUUGUAAUGUUGGACAGAGACAAAAGACAAAGUCAUAAUCCGUGUGAAGUCCCCCUACACAACUCAACGAAGCAGCUGGCCAGUUACCAC